AGUUAGCAGCGCCUCGUCGUUACGUGUGCGAAAAGGCUCUGUGAAAGAAUCCAGGGCUAUUUAAGCAAUUUUCGUGGUUACGUAUACAGGUUUUAUUUCCAUCCUUUCGCGGGAUACUCGACCUCUUCAUCUUGAGGAGCGUCCUUCUUGUUUAUUUCUAGUAUUCCGUUUAUGUAGGCGCGAUGUCUAUGAACGCAUUUCGUCUUGCGGGUGACUUCUGUCACCUUGCGAGUUUGGUAAUUCUCAUCCUUAAGUUGAAGUUGUCUAAGAACUGUUUAGGUAUAUCAUGCCGGAUGCAGGAGCUUUACUUCCUCGUUUUUGCUUUCCGGUACCUCGAUUUAUUUGUUUACUACAUCAGUCUUUACAAUACUGUUAUGAAGUUGUUAUUCUUGUUGACUACGGCUUAUACUAUAUAUCUAAUUCGGUUCUGUCCACCUAUCUCUCAGACUUACAACCGCAAGAUUGAUCGCUUUCCUUAUGAGAAGUACCUUUUGGCACCCGUCAUCCUAUUGACUAUGUUUACUACCAGCCGGUACACAUUUUUGGAUAUAACAUGGACUUUUUCUAUUUGGUUGGAGAGUGUUGCCAUAUUGCCGCAGUUGACUAUGCUUUAUCAGCAACGUGAGGUGGAGAACAUCACUUCCCACUAUGUGGCUACUAUGGGUUUAUAUCGUGCUCUAUAUCUUUUGAAUUGGGUAUAUCGCUAUUUGGCUGAGACACCUCCAUACAUUUGUGGCAUUUGCUGGGUUGCUGGUAUUGUACAAACUAUGUUGUACGCUGAUUUCUUCUACUACUUUGCUAAGUCUAAGUGGUACGGCAAGCGUUUGGUAUUGCCUUUUACUGGUGAUGUAUAGAUUUAAUCGAUGUCAAUAUGUCGAGAGGUCGGCGUCUGUUGCCGACUUAUUCUUGACUAAUGGCCUUGACAGCCGUGAGCUGCGUUAUAUCUAUACGCGCUGGAAUAGACCUACUUGCACACCAGGCAGAAUACUCGAUACCUUCCUUUAUCGUCUUUUUCGGAGCAAUGCACUGCGGUGUAUCUGGUAGGUUUUGCAUCGAACUAACCGGCAAAGCAGCAUGGGCAUAGGAAUGCAAUGUCCACUGUUCUGUAAUGGCAGUAACAUACUGCUCUAUUGCUGAAAUCGAACGGCAGUUGUGUUGACAGCUGUUCUGAUAUAUCCACUGAAGGCAGGAACCAAAACUGUU